AAUCGGCGCAAACGCGUCAUUUGGCUACAUACUCGACCAACGAUUGAGCCUUGUAAUAAAUGCGAUAUUACCCAAACCGAACGUAGAUGUUCACACGCUAUACGUAAUCGGCUCGCUUGGCGACAAGGAGAACCCUAUAAAUUCUUUAGAGGCGGAAUAUCGGACUGAUGUUACUAAGAUAGUCACUGGUGUUAAGGGAAAGCUCCAACUGCUUGCUGACACAUUCGACACGAACUCAACAAUAACAUGGACUUCUGCAUCUGGGUACAAAAACGUAGAAAACUUAGUUCUAUACAAAUGGGACGUGAACGGAUCACAUUUCGUCGACUAUACGUUGAAAUCGCCGUUAUACCUAAACGAUGACACUUUCAAACUAAAAGGCUCAUAUCAAAAGGAUAUGGUGCAUCACUACCAGAUUGUCAAGGGCCUAAUGCAUAGACCAGGCAAAAGUCAAAUUGGGGAGCUGGACAUCCGCUACGGAGGUUUUAAACACACCGACGGCCAUUUCAACAUGACCACGCCAUUCCAGAGACUGCCAUGGCUGAAAUCUAUAUUUGACAUUAACAACCAAGAUCAAUCAUCAGAUAACAAAGUAGAUAUAUUCUGGCCAAACAAGACUGUUUCAAUAAACACAACGCAUCAUUACAAGAAGGAAGGUCCAGGCUUUACACAAAACGGAGUAGUUUCGAUCUCCUUACCACUGAAUACGCAGCAUUUGGUACAUACGCAGUAUUACUACAUACAAGGUGACAAAUGGAGCAACGGUAACACGACAAUAGAGUUCGAUGGUGAACAAUUCGUCAAAGGCUCGUUCAAACAAAUCUUGAGAACUAGCGAUCGUAAUUUGGAACUGGCCACGACCGACAUUGAAGUCGAAAACGAACAUACUCCUGUGGGUAUAAAGUACAUUCACGAGUAUGAUUCUACGGGAAACAUUGAAGUAAAAGGUACCUAA